CUUCGCCGUGUGGAACACCAUCAUGGGCACGUCGCUGCUGGCCAUGCCGUGGGGCCUGGAGCGCGCCGGCCUGCUGGGCGGCCUGCUGCUGGUCGUGGGCAUGGGCGCCCUGUGCCUCUACACCACGUUCCGCGUGCUCAGCGUGCACCGCCUGCACGGCUCGAGCCACGACGCGUCGGCCGAGGUGCCGGAGCUGUGCCGCAAGCUGCUGGGCCGCUGGGCCGAGCUGCUGGCGCGAGUCUUCAGCCUGGUCGUCCUCCUCGGCGCCGUCAUCGUCUACUGGAUCCUCAUGAGCAACUUCCUCUUCCACUCCAUCGACUACCUCCACGAUGAGGUGACGGGCGUGAGUCCGGUGCGGUUGGAAAACGUGUCCAAGAUCUUCACUCCAGUCAAGUGCCACCUCUUGACGGGCACGGGUGAGACUCCGCUGAUCACUUCGGCCCUUGCGGGGGCGUCUGUUGCUGCCCCUGGGGACCCAGCGACCCUCGCAGAGGAGGACACCUUCCAUCAGUGGUGGAACCUGGAAUCCAACGUCCCAAUCUACUUAGUGCUGAUUAUGGCACCCCUCAUGAAUUUCAAGUCGGCCACCUUCUUCACCAAAUUUAAUUCUCUUGGUACUCUAUCAGUACUUUAUUUGUUGAUUUUUAUUUUGGUGAAGUCUUCUGCAUGGGGUGUUAAUUUAAAUGUUCACGAUGUACUAAGUGAGCACUACAGCCCGUUAUUCAAGAUGAGUUUUCCUGCAACCUCAGGAAUGCUUGCUCUUUCCUACUUUAUCCACAAUAUUAUAAUUAGCAUUAUGAAAAACAACCGUCAUCAAGAAAAUAAUGGCCGAGAUCUUUCAAUUGCUUAUGUGUUAGUCACGGUAACUUAUUCAGUUAUUGGAGGUGUUUUCUAUAUCAGCUUCCCUUUGGUUAAAUCAUGUAUUGAAGAUAACCUUCUCAAUAAUUUUGAAUCCUGGGAUCCUAUGACUGUAGCAGCAAGAGCAUUUUUAUUCUUCCAAUUGGUGACUGUCUUCCCUCUUGUAGCAUUUAUGCUCAGAAGUCAGAUAUGCACGAUGUUUUUGGGUCGCAGCUGGCCUGGCCGUCUUCCAGUAUUGAUGAUUAAUGCUAUUUUUAUUGUUGUGUGCAUUCUCUUUGCUAUUUACUUACCACGAUUUGGAACUAUCAUCAGGUUCACUGGAGCCAUUAGUGGUUUGGUGUACAUAUUUCUAUUGCCAGUUCUACUACACCUUGCUUCUCUUCAACGUCAAGGAAAGCUUACCAAGUUGACAACUUCCCUUCAUAUGAUUAUUCCAGUAAUCGGAAUGGCCAACUUAAUAGCACAAUUUUUUGUGUCUGACGACUAGGAUUAAUUGACAAGCUUCAAAAGAUCGGUCUUUUGCUGCUUAUGACUGUGAUUUCUUUUAAAUAGUAGCAGAUUGACAAUGCUUUACUCCUGUGUAUUAUAUGAAUAAUUUUUAAUUGCUGAUGUUGAGAGGUUUCAUUCAUUCAAGUCAUGAGCUGUACAUGUUUUGCUUCAAUUGACAAUUUUAAAUGUAACCAGUUUGACUUGACACCACCAGCAUUAUGGCAAUUAAGGUUAUUUUGGAGUACUUUGAGAUUAACUCUAAGGAAUUAAUACUAAACACAUUUUAACUGUGAUACUAUGGUACUAGUAGGGUUGCUAAUUGCAAUGAGAUACCUUCAUACAUUUCAAAUUGUUUUCAAGACCACAUUCACUGCCAAAAAUGUAUUCUGAACAAUUCCAUGUUAUUUUGAAGCACCAAGAUAAAUAAGAAAAUUAGAAGUAUUGUCACAUGACUGAAUCUCUUAGCAUUAAUGUCCUUUGACAAUGUAUUUGUCUGAUUCUGGGAAGAAUUUAAUUUAUUGUACGGCCACAAAGUUCCAAUUGUGUUCUACAUUUUGACACCUAGAUUUCUGCUAUUCUUUGUAUUCCAGACAGAUGAAUAUCAAUCAUGCUUUUAAACAUAUGACUGUGUUAAUUUUAAAAAUAUGUGCUUAGUUUUGUAAGGAGUAUAAAUAUAAAUUAAGACUUAAUACAAAAUAUAGCAGUUCUGAGAAGACUUUA